CCCAGAUGGACCUGGAGGAUAAGGCACCAGCCAGCAGAACAGUGAGCCCCAGAGAAACCCUGGAACUGUAACUGGUUUUGUUGGAAAACUGCUCAAUACCUGAACCAGCCUUGGGAGCAGAAGGUGUGUGGCUCUUCCUGCUGCGACUGACUCCAGCGUCUCGAACUGAGCCUUUGGCACAGAUCUCCCCUCCAAAGCCCUCGUCCUCAGGCCGGAGCAGAAUGGAUCGCUCAGUGCAGGAGCUCUUCCUGAACUUCAUGAUUGUCUUAAUCACUGUGUUACUCAUGUGGCUCCUUGUCAAAUCCUACCAGGAGUGAGACAUGUCCUGUGCAGCCAGGCUUCUCUUUCCAGAGGCACCUUUUAUAGUCCCAACAAUGGAGAAAAGUAGUGUUAAAUAUGCUGAGCCCCCAUACCAGCUUGCCUCUGGAUAAAGGGCUGAUUAAGCUUUGGCAUGUGCUCUUGCAUUCAUUACUGUAACCAUCCUGCCCAUAAGAAGCUUGUGAGUACAAUUGUCUGGCCUUUAAAAGCAGUGACGUAAUAGUGAUAAUCUACGGAAAUAUAAACUGGAUCAGGUGUUCUUUAAUCUGUGUACCUCCUAUUUCAUUUUCGCUGCUGCUGUGUAUGCAUUAGUGAACAGUUCAGCAAAAAAAAAAUGUUUUGAGCUGUGUUGCAAAGUCUUUUUUUUUUACAUCUGUUCUUGUAUAACAUUUCCAGUACUACAAGAGCAACUUCUUGAGUGAAAGCAGCUGCUGACAACUGAAAUCCUUAGUAAUGUUCUUUCAGUGCAUUUGGAUUUGUGCCUGAUUAUUCUUACAAGCAAAGAUGUACUAGAAAUGUGAAACCUCUGUGUACAUUUCCGUUUACACUUUGUAUAAUAAAAAGGCUUCAGUCAGA